UUGUUGUUUUAUGUGUUCUGUCACUAUCAGUUGUUGUAAAAAAACUCUUGUUAACUCUCUUUCUCCUCCUUUAUUUGUGUGAGUAUUUAUCACUAAUCACCUCAACUUGUGAAAUCCAAGGGUAGUAGUUGGUAUAGUUAGUAUAUCUAACAGGUUCUUUGGAACACUAUUCUGUUACUAUUUUUAGCAACUAAGAGCUGCACUUUAUCAUUGUGUUUAUUUUUAGGUUUUUGUGACAAUCUAGAAUUAUUCUCUAGUGAACUAAAGAUGUCUUGCUUCUUUUUGGAACUUUUCGUACUAUUUUUAUCAUCACUCAAUAAUAUUCAUAGAGUUUAUUAUACUUCCUUAUCAGCACUCAACUGGUGCUUCCCCAUACCUGCUUGUCUAUAUAACCAUGCCUCUACUGUGGUCACCCUUAUAAUCAGUGCAUUCCCUCCUUGGCAUGUUAAUCUAUAGUGGGCCACAACUGAAUUGACUUCUCUUCUCUAUAAAUUGACCUGUGUAUUUUAUUACUUAAAAGCAGGCCAACUUCUGCCAUGAAGACAUGGUUGCUAGUAUCACUGCUCCUGCUGUUAGUGCUUGUCCUUAAUGCCAUAGCUUUCUCUAAUCCUACAAGAAAUGGUGAUGAUGUUACCCUUCCUCCUUGCAAUUUUCCUAAUGGUAUAUAUUAUCAAAAUGGUCCCAACCCUGGCACACCCGUGGCUCCAGUUAACCAAAACUAUACCCUGGCUGUCAACAGGUAUACUGAAGGUCAAUAUACGUGUGGUCCCAGUGGUUCUGGUGGACAAAUAACACUCCACCGUCAAUUUAAAGAAAACAAGACUUUAGUACCUAAAAAUUUAACUUGGGGACAACGUGAGGUUCUUGACUGUACUGGCUAUGUACCUGGAAACUAUCACAGUGGCUAUAAAGUUACAUGGUUGCUAGAUGGCCGUCAACUAUGUAUUAAAAAUUCUGCCUGUGAAGACAACUUCUACAUAAACCCUGAUAACUUCAGUUUAAGUUUUGAUUAUUAUCCAACUUUCACCACCUAUGAAUGUCAAAUUGAACCAGAUGUGCCUGGGUCUUCAACGAAUGUCGCAACAGUAGCAUCCUACACAUUAAGUCUUUCAAAUAAUGAUCAUACUCAAACUAAAUUUAUCAAAAACCUGAAGCCAGUUUUAGUGGAGAAUGGCACGAAUAAAGUUGAAUUCUCCUGCUCUGCUUCAGUACAAAGCAAUGCUAGCAUUGAUUUUAUUGUAUCUGACCUGUUUGGCAAUAACUCUAUCAGCCCUGCUGAUUGUGAUGUAACUACCACUGACAACCCAACCAUUCGUAUGUGUUCUAAGACAUUACUAGGCAUGAAUAUCAAGAUAAUGUGUAACUAUUCUACCAGCUACGAGAUCCAUUGUAUUUUCACAUGGAAUUUAACAAACAUCAAUCAAAAUAGAGUCUAUCUAGUUGCUUGCCAUGUCAAUGAUGGUACAACUAAGAAUAGUACAAGAACAGAACUUAUUGUCAGAGCUGAUGCCAUAGCUUUCUCUAAUCCUACAAGACACGGUAAUGAGGUUACCCUUUCUCUUUGCAUUUUUCCUGAUGGUAUAUAUUAUCAAAAUGGUCCCGACCCUGGCAUACCCGUGGCUCCAGUUAACCAAAACUAUACCCUGACCAUCAAUGGAUCUACUGAAGGUCGAUACAGAUGUGGUUCCAGUGGUAUUGGUGGAACAAUAAUAGUCCUCCGUAAGUCACAAGCAG